AUGGUCAGUCGUGUCUGGGACGUGAACAUCAUCCAGACGGCAGAGAAGGACUACUACGACGAAGACGCGGGCAAAUUCGUCGACGCGCUGAACAAGAGCAUAAAGGGGGCGUGGUCAGACAAAAUGCAGGAAUGGGAAGAGUGCGCCAAGAACCAGACGGCGUGCCCGGACAUGUACGUUUUAUCACAGUGGCCAGGACUCCCUGUUGGUGUUAAGUUUGAUCCAACUGACCUCGAACUGCUUGAACAUUUAGAAGGAAAGGUUGGCAGGACAGCAACCCAUGUACUAGUAGAUGGUUUUAUUCCAACCAUAGAGGAGGCCAAAGGAAUCUGCCAUACACAUCCAGAAAAUCUCCCUGGUGUCAAAUUAGACGGAAUCGCCAGUCAUUUCUUCCACAAAAUAUCAAGUGCCUACGAUGUUGGCAAGCGUAAAUGUCGCAAGAUUAGCCACAGUGACCACAUUGUUUGUGAUGAGAAUCUCAGAUGGCACAAGACUGGAAAAUCCAGAUCUAUCUUAGAUAAUAACGGUGUCAUAAAAGGGUGGAAGAAAAUAGUGGUUCUUUACAUAGGUUUUCGGAAAGGAGGUGGCAAGGUAGAAAAAACUAAUUCGAGAAUGCAUCAGUAUCACCUUGGGGUAGAUCAAGAUGAAAAGCAGGAGGAGCUUGUUGUUUCCAAAGUCUUUUAUCAUUUCUCGUCAAAUGAUGUUGGACAGCCUCUAAUUUGCAGUUGUAAUAAAGAAUACGAUUCAUUUGCUGGGGAAAAUGAUCCUACAACCCCAAUAACAUACCCUGCACAGACUCGUGGUCCAAACGGUAGCCCAUCCAUAACCGAGCAGAAUCAGGAUUCCUUCUCAGAGCAUUUAGUUAAUAGUACUGAUCUGUGGAUGAAUUAUAGGAAUCCCUCGAAACAAAGCCUUGCAAUACUGGAUCCCACUGUUGCAAUUCCUUCUCAGUUGUAG